AUGGCUUUCAGUGGAACAGAGCGGGGAUCAGUUGUCGCUAACAAAGUACAAAGUGGGGUGGAUUAUGGAAACUUGACUGCACCAGAAGACGUUAAAAACAACCAAAACUUUAAAAGACUCUCGAAAAUGAAGAGCCUUUUCUUGUUGUCGAUAACUUUGGCUCUGGCCAAGUCACUUCCACUCGAGACCGAUCAGGACACCGAAGUCGCGCUGAACGAGGACGAGAAGAUUGAUACUGCUGAUAAGAUUGAAAUCGGUGAAAGAGGCUAUUAUCAUGGUAUUAGCGAGGGAAUAUAUCUCAUUGAAAACUUCGAAACAAAGCGCCUCUUGUUCCAGGAUGGCCCUAAAAUAAAAGGGUCUCGUGGAGCAGAAAAGGGGUGGAAGGCUCAUACAGGCUUCAAAGCACCAGCUGUUGUCGGCGCUGAUGCAAAUUACUACAAUCGAGCUUACUGGAAGAUCAUUCCUCAAGGUGGUGGCAAAUACCUGAUUGAAAACGUCGAGACGAAAAGGUACUUGUUUCAAGAUGGUCCUGCCAUAAAAGGGCGUCGUGGAGCAGAAGCUGGGUGGGCGGCUCAUACAGGCUUCAAAGCACCUGCUGUUGUCGGAGCUGAUGCCAACUACUACAAUCGAGCCUUCUGGGUGAUUACUCCACUAGGUAGUGGCAGGUACUUCAUUGAAAACGUCCAUACGAAGAGGUUCGUGUUUCAAACUGGUCAACCGAUUAAAGGGAAGCGUGGAGCAGAGGGGGGAUGGAGGAAUGCUUAUGGCCUUACUUCACCUGCUGUUGUCGGUGCUGAUGCCAACUACUACAACCGAGCCUAUUGGUUACUACACAAAGUGCAUUAG